AUGACAAUAAAUAGGGCAAUAUUCGAAUCAAUAUCCAAUGAAUUUUUGCUUGAAUUAUUCGAAUUAUUUAAUUCAAUUGAUCUUUUUCGUGCUUUUCAUGAUCUCAAUGGACGUUUUAAUUCUCUAUUAUUUAUUAUCUAUUUUCAAAAUUAUCCUAUUGAUUUUCAUUCGAUAAUAGAAGCAGAUUUCGAUAUUUUCUGUCAAACAUACUUUUCAUCAAUAGUCAAUCGUACAAUUUAUCUACGACUCUCUGACGAUGACGACACACCAUAUCAAUGUACUCAAUUUCUACCAGCUGAUCUUACGUUAGAUUCUAAAACAAAAUUGACUUGUCUCAGUGAAAUGCAUUUUCCCUCUGAUUCCGUUCGUAAUGUAGGAUAUUCAUUACCGAUCUUCGACGAUGCAAUGCUGUACAAUAUUCAACUUAUCAAUAUAGAACGCCUAUCUUUUCAACUUUCGAUUGAUGAUCGAUUUCUGUCAAUUAUUCCCGAUUUUGAAAGUUUACAUUCACUUUGUGUAACUGUUCCGACGAUAAUUGGUCAAUCGCAAUUACAAGCGUUACUUGAUAAUGCAUCACGUCUAUAUUCAUUGUCGUUUGAAUCAUGA